AUGGAUUAUGAAGAGGAAUCGGGUGUUGCUGGGAUAUUUAUGAAGUAUAAGAGGUCAUCGUGGAUUCGUUUGGUGCUUUUUAUCGCUUUUUUUAUCAUUGUACCAAUUGGAUAUUGGGUCGCCGAGAAAUCCUAUUCAUAUGUUUCCUACUAUGGUUUCUACUCGUCCCCACCUAUUAGUGUUCCUCGAUACAACUUGAAUCAGAUGCGUGAAUUUGCUUUCAAGAACAGCAUCGCCGCUAAUUAUAAACCAUCAUUCUAUACGCGAUGGAAUCUUUCUUUUAACAAAAUUCUCGAGGAUUUUGAGAAUGGAUUUGACACUACCAGUAACGAUGUAAUUGUAUUUUUACAUAUACAGAAAACAGCAGGCACAAGUUUCGAACGAUUUCUUGUCAAAUAUUUAAAUAUCUCAACUCCAUGUAUUUGUCAUAUGGGUAAGAAAAGAUGUACAUGUAUAAGCCCUGGUCGCAGGAAAAAGAUUUGGCUAUUCUCGCGGUAUUCUACGGGUUGGAUUUGUGGAUUGCAUGCUGAUUUCACCGAGUUAUUUGUAUCAGGUUCUCAUCGAAGAAGGCGGUAUUUUUAUACAUCAUUUCUACGUGAACCGGUUUCACGAUUCAUAUCAGAAUACCGACAUGUUGAACGAGGUGCGACGUGGUUAGCAUCUCGUCAUAUAUGUAAUGGUCGCCCACCAACACCCGAACAAUUACCGAUGUGUUUUGAUCCGGAAAUCGGAUGGGAUGGUGUAACUAUGGAUGAAUUUCUGUCUUGCCCAUACAACCUUGCUUUCAACAGACAAACUCGGAUGUUAGCCGACUUAACGUUAAUCAAUUGUUAUGACAUGCAUGCAGCAAAUUCUACCAUCAGAGAUAAGAUUAUGUUAGAAAGUGCAAAAAGCAAUCUGAAGAAUUUGGCUUUUUUCGGUCUGAAAGAGUAUAUGGCUGAAAGUCAGUGGAUGUUCGAACAGCUCUUUCGUCUCAAGUUUACGAGAAACCUUGCUAAUUGGACAAAAAGUAAAUCAAAUGGAACUGAGAUAACUAUGCAACAACUAAAACUUAUUAAAGAAAAAAACAAGUUAGAUGUAAUAUUAUACACAUAUGCAGAAAGAUUGUUUUUGAAAAGGUUGAAACAGUUACGAUCAAGUGUUGAAGAUUACUCGUUGUCUCCGCAAAAGUCGAUAAAUAUCAGCAACACUGGGUAUUUCUUAAAAGACUAG